AUGAGCAUAGGAGAGAAAACCAAUGGUUCUUCAUCGUGGAGCAGGGAUGAUGAUAUUGCUUUUGAGAAAGCUCUAUCAAUUUAUACCGACGAAACUGAGAAUCGUUGGGAAAAGAUUGCUGGAGUUCUUCCUGGAAAAACAUUAGAGCAAGUUAUUAAACAUUACGAGAUUUUACUUCGAGAUGUUAUGAUGAUUGAAUCUGGAUGUGUCUCUCUUCCUGAGUAUGAUUCUUCAGAAGGAACACAUGCCAAAGAUACAAACAUUUCGAAGUCUUGCAUCAUCAAUCGCAAAUGUGAGUAUACGCAAGACUGUAUACCAAUACUAAAGCAAAAACGACGUAAGGGGAUUGCCUGGACACCGGAUGAACACAGCAAGUUUCUUAUUGGUCUAGAAAAGUACGGGAAAGGUGAUUGGCGUAGCAUUUCUCGUAACUUGGUAUUGACAAGAACACCAACUCAAGUUGCAAGUCAUGCUCAGAAAUACUUUGCACGUCUUAACUCUAAGAAUAAAAACAAAAUGAGACAAAGAAUUCUUGACGUUGACGCUGGAGAAAGCAAUAACACCUCAACGAUGCAAAGACCAAACACAUCGCAAAACGCUCGAGCCAUUCAAGCCACUUCACAAGAUCAUCAUCCUACAUAUAACACACCAACCAUAUGGAAUACACAAACUACUUUACAACAACCACUAGAGCGUCCUAUGUAUGGUACACCCACCACAUGGAACAUACAAGCCGCUUCGCAACCAUCGGUGGAUAUACCUAUCUAUGACACCCACAUCGUAGACCAAUCAUUAGUUGGUCAUAUGCUAUCACCUUUCGGAAGUAACAUGAACCGCUUGGCUCCAUCUCACGUGGCUUACGGAGUUCAACAUCACUCUGCACCUUACUCCUCGUUUUCUAGCGCACCUUACUCCUCGGUUCUUAGUGCGCCAUUUAACAUGGCAGCUUCAUACAACAUGACAUAUGCACCUACAUCUCAUUAG